GGAGGAAGAAGAGGAGGAGGAGGAAGAAGGGCAAGAAAAUAUAUGUAUAUAAAAAAAGACCUUUACUCCCACAUACUUUCAUUUUCAUAUGAACGUUUCGUUAUGAGUCCGACAGGCAUGUACAGCUCCUGUGUGUGUGUGUGUGCGCGCGCGCACUUCAUUCUGGUGAUCAAUGCGCGCUGGGGGCCGUCCUUCUGCCCACGUGCUGACGCCUGUGGGUGUCAUUUUCCAAUUAAGAAAAACUUUAUUCUGUUCAGCAGGUUCUGUUGAGAAUAAAGGUGAGGGACGUGAUUGAACUCCUCGGGCUGUCUGUCUCUCUCAUGUGUCUCUGACGGAGUUCUGUCCCCCCCGCGAAGACACUUGGGUGUUGGGAAGAUGGAACCGGGAGCCAAGAUGCACAUGAAAGAGUGGCUGAUAGCUCAGAUAGAGAGCGGGAAGUAUGCGGGACUGUGCUGGGAGGACGAGGACAAGACCAUGUUCAGGAUCCCGUGGAAGCACGCAGCCAAGAAGGACUACAGGCAGACGGCGGAUGCGGCUCUGUUCAAGGCCUGGGCGGUGUACAAGGGGAAGUACAGGGAGGGGAGGGACAAAGCUGACCCCACCAUGUGGAAGACCCGUCUCCGCUGUGCACUCAACAAGAGCACAGACUUCCAGGAGGUCCCUGAACGCAACCAGCUUGACAUUACUGAACCCUACAAAGUCUACCUGAUCCAGCACAGCAACAUGCCAAACAGGCAGGCAGAGCCGCCACAGAAAAAUGAACAAGUGAGGUCUCCAAAGAGUCCUGGUUUUCCAGACAAGCAACUUUAUAAUCAGAAGGAAUCUUUUCAAGCGAAAAAAGGAGAAGAAAAACCAUUGACGGAUAAUCCGUUGAGGGAACACAUGUAUUGUGAGCUCACAGGACAAAAACCUCAAAAUCAGGGCCAGGCUCCUGUAACCUUCAUCAGCCCCGCACUGACUGUAUCAGACUUUCGUAUGCAGGUGACGUUGUUGUACCACGGCCAGAGGGCGAUGAAAGUGACCACCACGAGCCCCGACGGGUGCUUCAUCAUGCAGGGCAUCGUCCCCCUGGGUAAUGAGCGUAUCUACGGACCCUGCACUGCCCAGCAGCUCUCCUUCCCUUCCCCCAGCUCCGUAUCCCUGCCGCCAAUUUUGGCUGAAGCAAUGAACCGCCUUCUUUGUCACCUGGAAAGGGGUGUGCUAUUAUGGGUGGCCCCAGAUGGGGUGUUCAUCAAACGGUUCUGUCAGGGCAGGGUGUACUGGAACGGUCCCAUGGCCAAGCACACUGACCGGCCCAACAAACUGGACAGAGAAAAGACCUUCAAACUGCUUGAUAUACCUACGUUUCUCAACGAGCUGCAGAGCUGUUUACACGGGAAGGGUCCGACACCGUCCUAUGAGAUUGAGCUCUGCUUCGGGGAGGAGUAUCCGGACCCCAACGAACCAAAAACCAGGAAGCUGAUCAUGGCGCAGGUGGUGCCCCUGUUUGCGGUGGAGCUGCUGCAGAGGUUCAACUUGGGAGAGACUGAGGAAAAGCGGCCGACUCACACAUCCAACACAGAUGGAGAGAAGAUGUAGGCAGACGGAGAAAGCUACCCUGCACCACAGUCGCUGUUAUCAAAAAUACUGGUGGAUUACUUAAGUCUUAUUCAUCCCUGGCAUUAUCAUGAAAGACAUCGGCAGUGGAUUUGUAUAUAAUAUGCAUAAAGCAGCGUAACGCAAGAUUAAUUUCCUUUAUUUUUACCUAAUAUUGAUAUUUUUUCCCAUCUACUUUGCAGCUUGACUGGCAGAAUUAUCAGUUGCUGUUGUUUAACCCAAUUAAUUGUUCUGAUAACAUGUUAAUAAUGUAAAAAGACUGAUUUUUUUGUCACCCCAUAUUCAUCUUAUGAAUAUGAAAAUAGCAAUUUAAUUGUAUUAUAUUUAACAUCAUGUGCGGAGAAUAAAUUGACACCUUUCAUUAAAUCUAUAAAGCUUUUUUUCUUUUAUUUCUAGCGAACAUCAUUUAACAGAUUCACAAUUUUUAAAAAUAUACAUUUUUGUAGCUAUAACAUUUAAAAAGGAAAAAAAAAAUCAACAAUUAAGGUUUUCUUUUUGAAAAUUAAAAAAAAAACAAAAAAAACCCACAAAAAACUAAAGUGAGAGAGUGUGCUGAAUCAGAGGAGAUACCCGUAUCUGAGUUUAAAAUACUUUCAUCAUUUUCCCUGCCUUCAAACAUAUACAGUACGUAAAAAAUUAGAUGGGAACAGAAGCGUACAGUACACAGGGGUCAAGAGUAUUCACAAAGCAUCAUGUUCCAACGUGUUAUUAGCACCAUUACUCUUCAGCCAUACUGCACUUUUUCACUCUUUCCAUCAUUCAGUUUUUAAUGGAAAAACACCAUGAGUGUCGAGGCGAUGUGGCACAGACCUGUCUGUGUGGGUGGGAUUGUCUGUUACGCAGUUUUCUUUAGUGUUCUCCCUUUCUCAGAGAUAAUGUUAAGAACAUAUUGGAGGGUAAUGCCUUGACGAACAAUUG